CGCCGUCAAGUUGUUUACAAGAAUUCUUCUGUCGCGUUCGGGAUUCUUGCAGCUUACAAUCCGCUCGAAAUGCCGAUAAAACGCCUAAAAACGACAUAAAUCGCUGUCGGGACGGUGGCCGAGCACACAAAGCAACGGAACCCUCUCAUAAUUGUGAUAAACCUUCUCACGAAUAACCUCAAAUCAGCGUCGGGAUUUUUUGCCUUGGGAUAAGCUCCCUCGCGGCCGUGUUCUUCGCUGAAUGGCCUUUUCCUUGUUCUCGUUCUUGACUCGUAUCUCAAGGCCACUCUCUGACGUCUCGUUUUCAGGCCGAAGUUGCGUGUGCUUUUGUGGAAAUGACGAGCACAAUAGGCGCCUCCAGUUUCUACAAUGAGACUUCCUCCGAUGAAUUCUCGUCGGACAGCAGCAGCAACAAUGGCAGCGGCAGCAGCAGCGAGGACGACGGCGACAACCCAGUGCGGCAGAAGUCGCCGCACAAGAGUCCUCGGAAAGUGGACGGUCGUCGGCAAUCCGGAUCUCAGGGCGGAGCUCACGACUCUCUCGAGGGUAGAAAUCAGAAUAUUUUGAUGAAGUUGUUCAACAGGGAGAACUCGGGAUAUUUUAACAAUAGGCUAAGUGGAAAGACGCAUCAGCAAGCAUUUAGGAAAGUGCCAAGUAGGCUAAGUUUCUGUCUUAAGGAUAUCGUCCCGUACUGCUAUCUUCAGGGUCAUAUGUUCAUGGGGCUCACGACAUGCGGCCAAUUCUUAAUAAGCUACAAAGUAUGUUACGAUGAGAACUCAUUAGUUAGUGAAUAUAAUUUUAGCACCCAUUACAAGUACACCCUGUACUUCUGGAUCUACCGCCCCCAUCAGCCGCUCGGCAAGUACUACAAGAUCUGCUUGUUCGACGACCACGGCGUAGACAACCUCAAGUCAGUUACGAUGACGCAGUGGCUGACGAACCCGCGUGUCCUGGUCGUUCACGGUGCAGCCGAAUACGAAAACGAAGAUUCCUAUCUAACAAUCGUACGAGUUCCUAAGCUGGGUUGUCUGGACUGCAAGGAAUUGCGGGAAUUUGAUGCAGACGGAUACAUUCGCUGUGAUGCCUUAUGCAUAAAAUGCAAUCUAACUAUUCAUACAAAAUACUCUACAACUGAAUCCGAUCCACGAUUUACUCCUCAUUUGAAUCUGAUUUGUCCGGAGCGCAUUGUGCUGAUUGCCAACGGUUUCGUGCACAUGCUUCACGUCGAAUUGGAAGUGCAGCGGCAGCAGCCCCAAUCACCGCAGCACCAGCUCCACGGUCCCAAUAGUCAUCACCACCAGGCACUGUACAUGGCAACAAAGGCCCACCCGCAUGCGCACACGUCGGCCGAGACCGUGGUCGCAGGCUCCAACUCCACUCAAACUCAUCACCAGAAUACUGAAAAUAAGACUGCAGCUGUAAGCGAACCCGCUCAGGCGGAGGCGGCGACCAAGACGGCCACGCUGCCAACCCCCACGAGCACAGACACCGGUUGUGAUAAUAAGAAUAAUAUAGUGGCUCGAAUAAUAGCCGACUUCUCGGACAUAGAGAACGAUGUUCAAACCCUGAGCGAUAGGACGCAUCGUUGGACUGAUAGCAAAACUCUUAAUUAUAACGAAUUGAUAUUUACAUGUGGUUCAAGUAAUGUAGCUAACUCAAAUACCAGCGGCAGCGGCUUGCCCAGUGGAAAGGGAUCGAAUAGCUUCCGCAGCCAGUCGAAGGUGACGUUGCUCAAUCACCAAGGACGCCGCAACCAUAAGAUCAUCACGAAAUCAUAUCGCAAUUGCGUCACGACGGUUGAUUUGCAGUUCGGCGGCAGCGGUUCCAGCACGGACAAAGCGAGUGCAUAUGAAUUUUCCGAAGACAACGAAAACUGUGAGAAGAUAGGAACAUUUCGAAAAAGACGAUUAGCAGACAAGAAAUACGCCUUCUCUGAAGACAACUCAGAAAACAUAGUUCCAUUUACGAAGGCCCGACUAACGACACAAUCUCCACGAAUCCCACGGUCGUUUGCAUCUAGUCACCAUCACGCUGCCCAUCCCGGAACCGUUUAUCUGUCGGCUUCAUCAUCGCAAUCGUAUGAAACCACAAACCAUUUGCAUCGAGCAUCUCCUAGCCAAGGUUUUCGCUCACCGUGUGGAUCGCCGGUGGGAAGUAAUCGUCUAUUGCGUUCGCCGCCAGGACGGGCAAGUCAACGGUCUCCUCCGCAACAGCAACAGUUGCCAAUUAAACCACUGAACUCGCUUUCACCACGUCAAAUUGUCUUCCCAAAGCGAUCAGGAAGUGAACGGGAUAACUUUUCGCCAUCAUCGCCGAUCUUGUCACCUCGGCGAGAGGACAACUCACUUCCACUGGAUGGAGUUGACAAACCGUCCUGCACGAAGAAGUUCAGGCGGCGAUAUGUGGAGGAAGACGAUGCGGCAUCGGUUAUAACUAGCGAGGAAGAUGAUUGCAUCUCGCCAGGAUAUCAUACGUCGUUGCCGAUGGAAGUACAUGGAUCUUGUUACUCGGACAUGCAAAUGAUUUCGGAAAUAUCGUAUCAGAAGCUGAAGUGCCCUACGGUCAUCAUCACCCAGCAUUCGUUCGAUCUCGACACGUUCACUUAUCAUGUCAUAAGUAAUUUAUGCCAGAGCAACAAUAAGACCUACGACGUAUUCUACGAUUGGGCCUGUGAAUUAGUCAAUGUAUGUCCGCACAGUAACUCUAUUCUGUGCAUCCUAAUGGCACACUUCACCGCUCGUGAUCAGCUUCCUAACAGUAGUAAGAAAUGCAUCAAUUGUUCGCGAAACAUCGAUUGUGUGUUCCACCGCAAGCAAUUCGAGUGUCGAAUAUUCUUCACUUGGAACAUGGAGACAGGUGUCUGGGACGUGCUCGAUUAUGGCCAGCUAAUGGAAGUCCCGUCGGUAAAUUUGAAUGUUAAAAGCAACGGAGGCAGCUUAACGAAAAUCGCUAAGGGUCUGGCCAAUGAAUUGAUGGCCGAUCUGCAAACGACUCAUAACUUUAUUAGCAACUUGAACGUAUUGGAUUCUAAUGUCGAUAAGUCUAAGGAUAGUCUAGUGGAUAUUAAUAAUUCGAUUGAAUUCUACCGGAAACGUACGAAAUUAGUUCGAGAUGGUAUGGGAUUGAACGAUUAAUUUGGUUGAUGGUACAUGGACUGUGUAAGAAGAACAAUUGCUUGCAAUCUCAGCCAUGAUUGAACAAAACGAAUAAACAUAAUUCUCUCUAACGAACAUUAUCUAAAAAGACUUCAACUCACUAAGAAAGAAAAAAUUGUGAUUUAGUUUUCGUUUUAAGUUUAGAAUUUAUCAAUAUUUUUUUUAAUUUUUUUUCAAUACGCUUUUGAAAUGAGUAGAUCGGUUCUAAGCUCGGCAUUGUAUUGCAAUGCAUUUUGAAGGAGUGAGACAUUUUCUGAAAAGAAUGGAAUAAAAUAGUUUUAACUUGAAUUCUAA